AUACGCGCGGGAUCCAGUCGGUUCGCCAUCCGAUUGGCUCCGCGUGACUCGUAGUGGUAACAAGCGGUGGUGGGGGCUACUAUGUAUAUAUAGGUCGCGCGUAAAGGAACGACGGAACAGGACCAUUUCAUUCGGCGAAGAACGCGUAGCCAUUGUUGGUGAUGCGAUCGUUAGCUUGAGAUCUCGUCAUGGGCAAGGAGGGAUUUUCGAGCGCGCGUAGCUCCGGAAAAGUGUCGACGGGGCGCGACGCGGAUUAUUGAAACGAGUGUCGGUGUCACGCAAGACGUACGCGCCGAGUGAAACGCGUUAAGUACUUGGGACUAGUUCGUAGCCCGCGUCUUCGCGUUAUAUCUCGUCGCGUAUGCGAACCGAGCGCUCGCGCUCCCGCGAGUGAGAGUGAGUUAGUGAGAGAGAUACACGGUGGGGCACUACUCGCGCGGCGGCCAUAACACCGACCGACCAACCAAACUUAACGAGCGAGGGAGAAAGCAUAGUGCGAGGUGCCCGAAGCCUUAGUGGUAGUGUUUUGCGAAUAGAGUUCCUGCUGGAAAGUGGAUCAUCUCUGAUCAGAUGUUGCUAAUGUUACGAGUGCCUGGAGGUACGGAGUCUCUGUGCGGUAUACAUGGCUGACAUUCAAAGUGCUACCUUUUGGUAGACUUGAGUAGUGUUAUGCCUCCUCGGUACCAAUCUUCCCAGUUGCAGCGCACUCGUGUUGGCGAGCUAUUAAUGAGCUGCCAUGCUCAAAUCAGAAUAUGUACUUGCCAUCUCAAUUGUUGAUGAAUGCCCGUCAAGCAUCAGCGUAAAGCAGUUACCUGCUGCAUAGCAUUUAUGUAUCAUAUAUGUCGGAAAGAAACGAAGACAACAUGCAGCAGGUGGACACAAUCUCCCAGAACAAUUCUUUAGAUGUGGAGGAGCGAGAAAGGCUGUGUAAUAUACCGAAGACCAGCACUCCUGGCAGCAGGGCGUCGACUACAGCGCCCGCGCCGGAACCACCGCCGCGUGAGGAACCGCCGUUGGAACCGGUGAACGGAAUAGUUCAACCACCGGUCGUCCCGCCACCAAAUCGUCCCGGACGCAUCACAAAUCAGUUACAAUUCUUGCAAAAGGGUGUCUUGAAACCAGUAUGGAAGCAUCAAUUUGCUUGGCCGUUUCAACAACCUGUCGAUGCCAAAAAACUCAAUUUACCAGAUUAUCACAAAAUCAUCAAAAAACCAAUGGACUUGGGCACAAUCAAAAAGAGAUUGGAAAAUACGUAUUAUUGGAGUGGGAAAGAAUGUAUUCAGGACUUCAAUACGAUGUUCACCAACUGCUAUGUCUACAACAAGCCGGGAGAGGAUGUUGUGGUCAUGGCGCAAGCUCUCGAAAAAUUGUUCCUCACAAAGGUUGCACAAAUGCCGAAGGAGGAGGUGGAGUUAGAUCCGCCUGUUCCGAAGGGACCGAAAGGUAAGAAAGCUGGAAGAGGAGUCGGUACCUCAGGAAUAGGCGGCGGAGGAAGUACGAGCGGAGGAGCGGGUAGAGGACGACCUGCUUCCGGUGCCGCGGCCGUUACCUCCAGCGUACCAAAUAGUUUGACACCUUCUGCCACGUCGGCCGGAACGACCGGCGUCAUACCCACUAUGCCUCCUCUCGGUACUCAAGCGCCGGCUUCAGUACCCGGCAGCACGAACACCACCACCAUCACUCCACCAUCGACCAUGAGUGUCACGCAAAUGGCGACUCAUAAUUCUUUGCCCCAACAAGUCGUCCCUCCAACCACCGGUUAUCAUGCGCAGCCAGCGAUGGAUCCGCAAGCAGCUUCUGCCGUUCCUCCUGCUCCCCAAGUUCCCACAACGCCUACCGUAAUGCCACCGUCCCAACCUGCCAAAGUAAAAAAAGGAGUGAAAAGAAAGGCGGAUACAACAACUCCUACCGCUAAUGCGUACGAUCCAUUAUACGGAUCUAAUAUGGACUCCAAGACUGCCAAAAUACCCACGAGAAGAGAAUCGGGCAGGCAAAUUAAAAAGCCAACGAGGCAAGCGGAAGACGGCUUAGUGCCAUAUCAUCAGGCCAAUAUGCCCCUGAUAGGAGCAAUGGCCCAGCAGCCUCAGCAUACUAGUGUCAAAGGAAAAGAGAAAUUAUCUGAAGCUCUGAGACAUUGUAACGAUAUCUUGAAGGAACUCUUCGCCAAAAGGCAUUCGCCUUACGCUUGGCCUUUCUACAAACCCGUCGACGCAGAACUUUUAGGCCUUCAUGAUUACCACGAAAUCAUAAAAAAACCUAUGGAUCUUGGUACCGUAAAGACGAAAAUGGAUAAUCGCCAAUACAAAACCGCUCAUGAAUUCGCAAGUGACGUGCGACUUAUAUUCACGAAUUGUUACAAAUAUAACCCUCCAGAUCAUGACGUAGUAUCGAUGGCCCGAAAAUUGCAAGAUAUAUUCGAAAUGAGAUUUGCAAAAGUUCCCGAUGAGCCAAUGGGAAGUAAUAUGACUAUGAAAGAUAGCAGCAGUGGAAGUGGCAGUAGUUCAGGUGGUGAGAGUUCUGAUACCGAUGAUUCGGCGGAAGAACGCACUCAAAAGCUACUCGCUUUGCAACAAGAGCUUAAGGCCAUGCAAGAACAAAUGAAGAAGCUGGUGGAAGAGACCAGUAAGAAGAAAAAUAAGAAAAAGAAACCGGAUAAGCCAAAAUCAAAGCCAAUGAGCAAUAAGAAUAGUAAUCUUACCAGUCACACUGGUGCCAUGAAGGAACUUAUGAAACCAAGUGGUGGUAUGCUCAAUGUGUCCGACACCGUUGGUGCUAGUAUUGCUAAUGUUCCGAUAGGUCCGAGCGAUCUGAAGAUGCCAGGCGGCAUGGGUAGUGACCUUCAUCAUCAGGCUACGAUGGUAGCUAACAAAACUCACACCCCGGGAAGCUUAGGACAUCAUUUGCCGGCAACAGUCAACGCCAAACCGAAGGGUAAGGGUCGGGGACCUGGAAAAGCUGCAGCCACCGCGAACACUGCGAGUAAGAGGCCGAAAGCUAACAGCAGAUCUACCGGAAACAAGAAGAAGAACACUGGUAGUCAGCCACCACCACUUGCAUUCGAUUCAGAAGAUGAAGAUAAUGCUAAGCCCAUGUCUUACGAUGAGAAGAGACAGCUUAGCUUGGAUAUAAAUAAACUACCAGGUGAUAAAUUAGGUCGCGUUGUGCACAUAAUACAAUCACGGGAGCCUUCGCUGAGAGAUUCAAAUCCAGAUGAAAUUGAGAUUGAUUUCGAGACAUUGAAACCAUCGACGCUUAGAGAACUGGAGAGCUAUGUUGCAUCAUGCCUCAGAAAAAAGCCACACAAGAAAGUUAGCGGUAAAUCCAAGGAUGAGCAAAUGGCAGAGAAGAAGCAAGAAUUGGAGAAAAGGUUACAGGAUGUGACAGGGCAAUUAGGCAGCGUCAAAAAGACUACCAAGAAAGAAGACAGCAGCAAAUCUGUCGAUGUAGUUGGAACUGGAGGCACCAGUGCUCCUUCACGACUGUCGGCGUCAAGUAGCAGUAGCAGCGACAGUGACUCCAGCAGCAGUUCACUCUCAUCAAGCUCCAGCGAUUCAAGCGACAGCGAAGCAGGGAAUUCUUCGAAUCGUCCACCGCGAAAGAAAAAGAAGGCACCACCAAGUACAGGAACUACAACUACGACCACAGCUUCGGUAUCUACAUUAAAUCAUACUGGAGCUCUUUUAAUGAAUAAUCAGCCACCGUCAAAUUCUGCGGGACCAAUUACAAAGCCGCCCCAAACUCAACCGAAUAUUCCUUCAGAUCAAGGAGGCAAUAAUACCCAGCAACCUGUGGCAGUAGCUGCAAUUACAGCUGGACAAGGCAUGCCUGUCGCGAGUCAUGCGUCCAUGCCGGCACAGCCGUCGCGACCCACGGCCUUGGCUACGGCCGCUCCUGUAAAAAAACCAACUCCACCUCCGCCGACAACAUCUAAUCCGCCGACUCCGUCGGUUUCUGUUCCGACUCCACCACCUAGUGUAACACCUACAAACACAAAUUCUAUGACAGCUUCACCGGCUGUAUCUCAACCAUCUCAGCAGCCACCAACGUCUAUUAGUUCCUUUCCGAACGCAAAUACACCUGUACCCACAGACGGGACAAAUAUAAAUCAACAAUCUGAUCUUUUACAACCAUAUAAUACUCUAGCUUCGGUUCCUACUACGCAAUCUUCCUUGGAUCAAACGAUUGCAAUAAAGAAGGAUCAGCCUUCGUCAUUCAUUCAAACGCAGCCUUCCUUGGAUCAAUCGCUCGCGAUCAAGAAGGACCAGCCUUCGUUUAUCCAAACGACUCAUACAACAAACAAUACAAAUAAUAACACCAAUAUGAAUCUGUUGACGGACGUAAAAUCCAUGAACAUGAUGCCGACGAAUAUGCCUUCCAAUCUUAACAUGGGCAAUAUCAAUAUGGCGAAUUUGAAUAUAAAUCUGUCGCAAGGAAUAGCGGCGCACAUGAGCAUGCACAAUCAAUUAGAGAACAUGAUCAACACCACUGCGUCGUUGACCAACAUACAGCAGAAUUCCCAUAACGUCACGAUGUCGCAACAACACUCUAACGGUUUCCCGAACACGAAGCGCGGAAACUCGCCGCCCAAUAUGCUGAAUAACAACGGUAUUCCGGGUUUGAACAUGGGUAUGAAUAUGGGAGGCAUGAGUUCGAUAUUCGAUCCUCUCCCUAUUGUGUCCAUGCCAAUGCAAAUUUCACAGAUUCCUGUGAAGAAGGAAGAGAAGCCGUUGCCGAUAUCUCAAGCUCAACUGACACAAAAACCUAUAGAUGAAAUGAACACUCUAGGCAUGCCGUCAAUGGGCAACCAUGCCGGUACACAAAUAAUGCCUGAAAAGAAGAUGACUCCACCCGAUUCGAAGAAUCCUGCUUCAAACUUUGCAUCAGCCUUUAAGAAUAAGACUGUUGAGCAGAAUGUAAAGAACGCGUCAUCCUGGUCUUCCCUUGCACAAGCAUCGAGUCCGCAAUCGGUGGCUGCUGGUAGUAGUAUGAAAAGCGCGGCACGAGAUUCAUUCCAGGCGUUUAAGAAGCAAGCUAAAGAAAAGCAGGACAGGCAAAGAGCUCUUAUGGAGCAACAAGAAAUGCGUAGACAGCAAAAGGAACAAGCGGAGCGAGAAAGGUUGCGGCAAGAAAACGAGAGAAGAAGAGAACGUGAGGAGGAAGACGCUUUGGACAAGGUCAGAAAAAACGUUGGAGAUCAGCCAGGAUGCAGCAGCGGUAUGACCGCGUCAUCACGAACGGAAGAAGUGAAAGCCAUCGCCGAUACGGAUAGUAGUAGUCCUAGUCAUUCGUCUACUCAGGACAAGUCUGCGGCAGAAAGAGAGCGCCAGAGGCUACGAGAACAAGAGCGUCGACGAAGAGAAGCGAUGGCUGGACAGAUUGACAUGAACAUGCAAAGCGAUUUAAUGGCUGCAUUUGAAGAGUCCUUAUAAUGUUACUAUAUCUUCUUUAUAGUAAACUCGCUGAAACAUAGUAAGAGUGGUGGACGUACAUUUUUGACGUUGAUCGGUAUUGUAAAAAUUUUUUACUAACGUAUAUAUAUAUUCUUACCGAAAGAAUAACAAUGUUAACUGCAAAACAAAGUGAGACAACGACGAUGGCAUCAUGUGCUCGUCUUGAAACAUUGAUCCAGAAAUAACGCGUUUGGAUUUUAACAGAGACUCAACACUGCUCGUCCGAGGACUCGUCUCGAACAAGUUAAUAUAAAAAAAAUAAUCUGUGACAAAUUACUGCAUUGUCUCUGAAUCGACGGACACCUAAGUGUGACCAUGUAAAUUAGUUACAAAAUGAUACUUAUGAUAUACUUCGAAAAUGCUAAACACACUGACUAUUGUGUUAAAUUUUUCCGGUUUUCAUAAGUUUGUACUUUAUGUAAAUGUGUAAACGAAAACGGAAACCUUAUAAAAUAAGUGAAGUGCGCUGUGUAUGAAAAGGCUACGUGUAAUGGAUCGCGCAUAUACGUGAAGAAAGUGUCCAUUGGGACAUAAAUGUGUGUCUGUGUAUAUUUAGUUAAGUUUUAUAUUUUUCCACAUUGAGUCAUUGAUAUGUAUAAGUAGGAUAAUGAACUAUGUUGGUAGGAUUAGAACAGCGUUCUUGCUGAUAUAUAUAUAUAUACAUACAUAUACAUAACACAUGGUAGGUAGUAAUGAUUUUCUCGUAAAAUUUUUUUCUUUACAUUCAUAUAAAGUGAAAACUAUUUGUAAUCGUGAACAAUACCUCUAGGACUAGGGGCGCUAGGGGCUUGAAUAAUACGUUUAAACAAAAAAAACUAAUGUAUAAUACAUUUUCGACACAAUUCGAGAAAUUUAAAAUAACGACUAUCCGGCUUGGGGUCGAUUACCUGAAACUACUGAUCAAUCCGAAUAUUAUACUUAACCGUACGAUAUCUCGGUUGAUGUGAGAAUCAUCGCGUGUCGGAAUGAGCGGAUUAGAAUGUCUCAUUUUAGAACAAUGUUGUCAAUUAUUAUGAUUAAUGAUAAGGGUAAUUCUAGAGUUGAAGAGUAAGUUUGAUCCUACCAACUAUCAGAUUAGACUGUAUACCUACUCUUGGUAUACCUUAGGUUUAUCUUGUAAAGGAAUGACGGAACGAGUGUCGCAAAUGAGGAGAAAGAGAGAGAAAAUAGAAGAAAUUAGGAAGUAUUAAAUUGAAUUCUGGGUCAGUAUGUCAUGAGAUUAGACAAAAUUUGUAUUUAUUGGAUCGAUAGAGUAUGUAAACGAAGGAAAAAAAUAAGCAAAAAAUUUCGAAAAAAAAAUAUGUUCGAAUAAUUUUAAAUCUAAAUACUUGCUCACUCAUCUUGGCGGUGUUGUUAGAAACGAGAAAAUAGACGUCUGUUUUGCGCUCGUCUUACAUUUUGAAAGAGUUUUUUUCCGUACAAAUUCACUUUCAAUCGAAGAAGUAUACUCGUGAAAUAUUGUGGAACUAUUUCAUUUCGGUUUGACAACGAAAGCACAUUUGUAAAAACAAAUUAGAACACGCGCUUGUUAACUUAUAACGACUUCAUAUUUAAAAAUCUGAUUUUCAAUAGAGAGUUUUGAGGAACUUACAGCCAUCUAAAAGAUUCUGUAAAAUGAAUAAGAUUUUUUCAUCUCGUUCAAUUGCUAACUCGGCCAAUGAUAAUUUAUCAAAACGAAUGUGAAAAAAAAAAAUUAAUAGAUGUGACUAUAUGUGCUGGAUCCACGAAAACGUAUUAUUUGUGUUGAACAGUUUACACCGAACAAGUUGUAAAAUAAUGCCACAAUGAUAGUAACUUAAUGAUUAGUAACUCGACGAAUGUAAGAUACUGCAUUUGACAAAUACAAACUCUACGCAAGUUCGUAGGCUCUCUUGAAAACAACUUAAAAUCGUAUUUAAAUAAUUUAUUAUUGGUUAUUUUUAUAAACUUAUCAGUGACGUUUGGCGUAUUACCGAUGCCGAUGGUCAUAAUUUCUUGAACACAUAUAAAUACUUUAUAACAAAUUAAGUUUCUUAUUCUGAAGGAAAAAGGAUCCCGUAUAUCAUAGAAAGUUGCAUCAAUCAUAAGUUAUUUGUAUUUUUUUAUUCAAGUCAAUUCAAUUUGUUAUAUCUUGCGAAUAUCUGGCAUUUCUAGUUGUUCGUAGUUGUUAGCACGUAAUCUUUUAUCUUAAUUUUGUUUUACUUCAGUUACAUACUCUAUCGGUGCAACAAAUUUUACCUCACGAUAUACUCACGAUAUACUGACCCGAGAUCCAAUUUAAUUUUUUUUAGUCUCUUUUUUUCUCUCUCUUUCUCUUCGUUUGCGACACUCGUUUCGUCAUUUCUUUACAGGUGAACUUGUUCGGUUUUUAUUCACGAAUGAAUAGUAAGUUUUUGGCAUGCGGUCACACUGUGUGAUCUGUAUUUCGACUGUAGAUAUUUGUUGCUAAACUAAAUUAACAUUCGGUAUAUUUUAUCGAUUGAAAGUGUGUUAACACUCUUGGAAAUACUCUAUUGUUUUCGUUCUUUCUCUUUGUUUCAACUUUUUUUUUUUCUAUAUAAUUUGGGCGAAAAUCAAUAUUUAUCUCGUUUCUGACAUAGAUCGAUUAUGACUGUGCGAAUAUCCAGAAGUCUUGAGGUGUCAUUGAUGUUUUUGAUGUAUCGUGAGCGCGAGUGAACAUAAAUUACAUGCUAAACCAUUAGAAAUAUUCAGCUCGUACGAUGCGUCAAAUUAAGUAAGGUUUAACUGGAAAACUUCACGAUUGCUGAAAAAAAAGUACAAAAAGCUUGUAAAUGAUCGAUGCAAAAUUUUCUAUUGUACGCAGCUCUUGCUUUUUUUCAAGCACAACAAACUUGAUUUCUGAAAAGUAUUCAUAUGUUCGAGGACUUGCAAUUAACAGCAUGUCGAACGUAAGCUAAUAAGUAGAUAAAAUCACACUAUUAAUAGUAAAUUAUUUGUUUAAAUAAAAAUUUUAUUUUAUUUUUUUUUUAUUUUUUUUUUUUUUUAUACAAGAGUCUACGAACUCGUGUAUGUAAGUGUGUAUGUACAGUUAUUUGUCGUGUAUAUUCCCGCGUGAUACUUUUCUAGAGAGCGAAGAGAAAUUGGUGAGAAGACCUCCAAGUUUUUUUGACUACUCGGUUUAUAGAUAAUGUAAUUAUUGUUGUUUGAAAGAAUUCACACAUACACAGUGUGAAGGAGUGUAUAUAGUAGAAUGUAAAUAAAAGUAACUUGCGUUAAGUUUGUAAUUGUCAAAUAUAGUGUUCUACAUUCGACGAUAAGCAAUCAUUAUUUUUCAACUUGUUUGGUAUAAAUUGUGCAUCACAAACGAUACGUUUUCGCGGAUCCAGAACAUGUAAUGACAUCGAUUACUUUUAUUUACAUUCGGUUUGAUAAAUUAUUGGCCGGGUUAGCAGUUGAACGAGAUGAAAAAAAUCUCAAUCAUUUUAUAGAAUCUUUUAGACAAUUGUAAGUUCCUCAAAACUCUGUUGAAAAUCAGGUUUUUAAAUACGAAGUCGUUAUAGCUUAGCAGGGUAACUCCCAACACACACAACACUUUCGAAUGUUCACGCCGUAAUCCUACUUUCGCAAUUAUGUCAGUGAUAAGAGAAAUAAUAUCAUGGAAACAGUUCUCUGAACGGAAAGGUUUUCUUCGUACAAUGAAUGUCGUGUGUGCUUUCAUAUCAAGUGGCGAUCUUGGCCUCAUUGAUCGUCGACUAAUUUUAGCAAUAGUAGAAUAUUUUAUACGAUCUUUUUUCUUUUUAUGCAUCUUCGAGCGCAAGAGCGACUUUGUGAGGGUUUUUACCUUAAUCAAAAUUAAGAUUAUUGUCUUAUUCUUACGGUAGAUUCGCACGGUGCGAAAACGUAAACGUUUGCCGCGGUUUAGAGUGUAAAAAUGAUUUAGUCAUUUCGAUAUUGUUAUUGUUGAUGUAUACAUUUAAUGUUCUAUAGAUCAAUUUGGAGUGGCUGACUGUACAGCAGUAUGUAAAAAGUGAGUAAGUUGUGUACAUGUUUCUUGUGUUCUACUCUCAUGCGAAAUCGUUGUUUUGUACUUUGAUUCGGAUAUAACUUAAUCAUUUGUUUUCGCAAAUGUUACGAUAUAGUGAAAUAUUAGAAGAAUAAUUUAAAUUUCUGGCAGACUAAAAAACGGAAGUGUGUACAAAUAGUUUGGACAUUAGUUGUAAUUUGUAAGUCUUAUAAAUAUGGGCUGGCUAAUAUCUGAUAGUUUCUGUAUCAAAAUCAGUAUCUAGAGGAAGAUGGAGAACAUGUGUUCUUUCUUCUUUCCUGCUUUCUUUUUUUAUCUGCAUGUCUGUGUGUGUGGAAAUUUUCUUUCUGAAGAUGUACUCUUUCGAGUGUUCCUAAAAAGACGGAAGUGCGACAAAGUAUUUAUGCUAGUAUUCUUUUCUUUUUCUGAAGGUGUACUCUUUCAGAUGUUCCAAAAAAGGAGAAGUAUGAAAAGAUUUUGACACUGACGUUUUUUGUCUUUCUGAAGACAUACUCUCGGAUGUUCCAAAAAAGAGAAAAGUACGAAAAAAUACUGAUAUAGGUAUUUUUUCUUUUUCUGGAGAUAUAUUCCUUCGAGUGUUCCGAAAAAAAGAGAAAUGUGACAAAGUAUUUAUACUAGUCUUUUUUUUUUCUGUAGAUGUACCAUUUUGGAUGUUCCACAAAAAGGAGAAAUACAAAACAGUACUGGUACUAGUAGUUUUCUUUUUCUGAAGAUGUACUUUUUUGAGUGUUUCAAAACAGAGAAGUACAAAAAAAGUACUGAUACUGAUGUUUUUUCUUUCUGAAGACGUAUUCGUUUGAGUGUUUUAAAAAAGAGAGAAGUACGAAACAGUACUGAUACUAGUAUUUUUUUCUUUUUCUGAAGAUGCACUCUUUCGAGUGUUCCAAAACAGAGAGAAGUACAAGAAGUACUGAUACUGAUGUUUUUUCUCUCUGAAGACGUAUUCGUUUGAGUGUUUCAAAAAAGAGAGAAGUACGAAACAGUACUGAUAUUAGUAUUUGUUUUCUGAAGAUGUAUUCUUUCGAGUGUUCCAAAACAGAGAGGUACAAAAAAGUACUGAUACUGAUGUUUUUUUCUUUCUAAAGACGCGUAUUCGUUUGAGUGUUCCAAAAAAGAGAGAAGUAUGAAACAAUACUGAUACUAGUAUUUUUCUCUUUCUGAAGAUGUACUUUAUUGAGUGUUCUAAAACAGAAAGAAGUACAAAAAAGUACUGAUACUGAUGUUUUUUCUCUUUUUGAAGACGUACUUUUUUGAGUGUUUUCCAGAAAAAGAGAAGUACAAAACAGUAAUGAUACUGGUAUUUUUUCGUAACAGUUUUCCUGUUGGUUCUCGGGCAUCUUCUUCUUGUCCAUAAACCAACGUUUGACCUGUUUUUGCAUGUUUCUCUGUCUAACUUUCUCCGGACGCAGAUUUGCUUUUAUUUCCAGUCCAUAUUUAUAAUAUAUAUAUAUAUAUUUUUCGGUCAUGCUAUAUAAGUGCUUCUGCCACAUGAAUUAUAUUUUGAUUCACAAUGCAACUGUGAAUAGGUUUUUAGUUAGAAAAACUUUCUGUUUUACGUAUUUAAUUUAAAAUGGGGGAGGAUAAUGCGGGAAAAAAAAGUGAAUGUGUCACGAGUGACGCUAAAAAGCCGGAUAUAAAUAAACAGCAAAUGCGAUUUAAUAGAAAUGUAAAUUGAACGGUACUUGAAACAGAAGGAUACGAACUUAUUCAUUGUUCUAUUCUGUUAUGCACCGUGGGAUACAUAGGGAUUGUUGGCUUACAAAAAAUCAAAUUCACAUUUACGUUGUUUAUUUAAUUAGCGUCAAAGUGAGAGAGAGAAUAUAUAUAAAGAGUAUGAGGAAAGAUACAUUAGGAGUAUAAGGACGCGGCUAUAUUAGGAGUUUAAGAAAGGCUAGAAAACAAUUUGGGACUAUUUAUUUCCUUUCUUUAUAGAUUAUCGAAUUUAUCGUAUGUCCUCUUGGUGUAUAUUGUGUAUCGAAAAUUCGGAAUGAAAAAAGCGUUUAAAAAAAAUAACUAUAAGAAAAUAAGAUUUAUAUUUCUUUGAAAUUUCGAUUCAGUGUAGUUUAUAGCAUGUAUUUUUAGAUGACCAAUGAGGUAAUGUGUGGAGAAACACAUAAUGAAAGUCGAAGUUAACUAAAAUCGAAGAUUAUCACGAACGAUCUUGUACCAACGCAAAUUGAGUGCAUACAUUUUCAACGUAAAAACAAGGAAAGCAAAAAAAUGCGAAUAUACAUAUGUGAGCGAGUAGUGCUAGAGAGACCAUGUUCGAUUAAACAAGGGAUAACGUGCUAUGGUUGUAUAAAAAAACAUGUAGUUUGUAAUUGUAAAUAUAAGAAAUCAUUGAUAACGCGUUAGGUCUAAGGUGUAAAAUCUAAGAUCUUAUAUAAAUAUAUAAAUAUAUAUAUAUAUAUACAUAGAUAUUAUUCACAUGUAUAAAUAUAAUAAUAAGCCUUAGUAAUAAAACAACUGUAUGUGAUAAGGUCUUUAAGAAGGAGGUCUUUUAAUUGUUAAGGAGAACUUGGUAGGCGUAAACUAGAUCUCAGCGUAAGUUAUAUAUAGGAUGUAAACGGACAUCAUAUAUAUACUUCUUAAGUAACACCAAAACACUGUUGUGUGUAUCAAAAGCUAAUUUUUUAUAUAAGUUCUCCCGAACACAUAUACACACACGCGCGCGCGCACAUCAUCUUCGAAAAAGCACAUGAAAUUUAAAACUUAUCUACGACUAACAUGUUCAAGAAUGUUUACGCUGAUUGUACAUAAAAUAAUAAUAAUACUAAUAAUAGUAAUGCCAGAGAAGAAAACAAAUAAAGCAAAAAUAAAGUUAUGUUUGAUGUUGUUAAGUAAGUGAGAGAACGAAAGAGGUGAUGUAUAAACGGUACAGUGUUGUUUAUUGAGUGUUAUCGCGUCCUCCCUCAUUUCUGAUUUCUUCUUUUUUUCGUUAUAGAAUAUGCGAAGAAAAUUAUUUUCGUAAUUUAUGUUAAGUCUACUUUUUUAUAAAUAAAAGUCAAUUAAAAAAAAAUUUGGCAAUUGCUGAGUGAGUUUCAAUUUUUCCAAUAUUAUAUGUAUAUAUACAUGUGUAUAUAUAUAUAUGUUCUUUUUAUACACAUAUGUGUGUGUAUACACAUAUGUAUGUGUGUAUGCGUGCACAUACACACAGAGAUAUUUUCAUCUUAUUCCAAUUCCACACAGUUACUAAUAAUUUUUCUUUCUCUUCCAAGAUUUUUAAUUAACCCCUUACAAAAUACUUAAAUAUCUUGCAAAAUAUUUAAGGGAAUAACCAUCAUAUUAUAAGAGUUACAUUUUUGGAUUUAGGUUUUUUAUAACGAAGUACGUGUACGUGUAUAAUAUUAAUCACAAUUUUUAAAUGGUA